AUGAGUUAUUUUCCUUUCUGUGCUAUCUGUCUACUUUUUCUAGUAGAUUUAGUGUUCCCUAAACAAGUGUGCAGUAAGCAAGAUGUACUGGAACAUUUAAAUCUUACCAGAGACAAUGAAAAAUUCACAACUUGCCGUCCUGCACUGGACUGGACACACCCCACCGUUGUGUAUUUUGAUAUUUACCUCUACGGCAUCCUUUCUAUGAUUGAAAAGUCUCAAAUCUUUGUACCUCUUUUUUGGAUGUCCAUGAGUUGGAACAAUGAACGAAUCUCUUGGGAUCCUAAAGAUUUCUGUGGCAUUAAAAGUGUGAUUUUGCCAAAAGAGAUGCUUUGGAAACCAGACCUUUAUGUUCUUGAGACUGUGGAAAAGGAAGAUGGACCACUGAACCCAUAUUUGUAUAUUACCCAUGAUGGAAAUGUGAAGAUGGAGGAUGACCAUAAGAUUGUCAGCACCUGCACAAUGAAUGUACACAAAUUUCCUUUUGAUACCCAAACGUGUCACAUCACAGUCUCUUCAAUUAAUUACUCAGAUAAAGAAAUGAAGCUGGUUCCUGCCUCCAAUUCAUCAAAGGCGACACAGGUAGCUCGAGAAAGCAUAUUGACACAAGGAGAAUGGGAGUUCCUCAAUAUAUCCGUCUCGCUCCAGAAUGAGAACUAUGAGGGCCUAACAUACGACAGGAUAAAGUACACGAUUUCAGUCAGAAGGAUGCCCCUGAUGCAUUUCAUCAAUUUUCAGCUACCUAUAUUGUUUUUCCUCGUUUUGGACCUAGCUUCUUUUUUCAUACCAGAUAGAGGGGAAAAACUGUGCUUCAAAGUGACUGUGCUACUGGGGAUCUCUGUACUUCUGCUCAUCCUAAAUGACAUUCUGCCAUCCAAAUCUCACAGAUGUCCUCUGAUAGCUGUGUAUGUCGUUGUCAUCUUUUCUUUCAUGUUGCUGAGUCUUCUGGAGACAAUUUUGGUGAUAUACAUAAUAAAUAUGAACUCUGAACAAGAUGCUAAGGGGGUUCAGAGACCUGAAGAUCACAACUCUGACACAGAUAACCGGAAAAGAGACAGUAAUGGAGUUGAAGCUCCCCUUGAGUCUCUGAUGUUGAAGGAAAUAUACAGCAAGGAAAAAAUGGAUGACGUGCAGCUAUUGCAGCUGAUCCUAGAAGAGCUUCAGACUAUCAAGCAGACUCUUGUUCCCCGUACUUUAAAAGCCAAAACCGCUCAGAUUUACUGGUUAGGAAUGGCCAAACGUAUUAACAGGGUUUUCUAUGUGGUUUAUCUCAUCUCAGUUUCUCUCUUUCUUGUUUUUAUCUUUCGAGAGUGGAAAGUUGAGUAAUUUCAAGCUUUAAAAUUGUGAUGAAUGCUCAAAUUAUGGAUCAAUAUUACAUAUAUUGCAUUACAUAACAAUAUUAUGUACAUUUCUUCUCCCUGUUGAAAGCAUUGUAGAAGGAGCUGCAGCAUAUAUUUCAAUUGAUGUUCUGGUGCUUUUCUACAGAGAUUUCAAUAGAGGUGUAGAGAUGUCUACAAAUGUCUGUCUUGCCCACCCAAUCUGAAUUUAGAUAAAGAGUGCGUUAAACUUUUUGUGCAAUUAUUAAAAUCAGUCUGGGUGGACUGUAUUUUAAAAAGUUUUAAGAAGAGCUGAAGACAGCCCCACCCAAUCGUAAAAUAACACCAGAAAAUUGCAGUAUUUUUCUUUUAUUAGCAGAAAAGCAGUGGCUGACGGACUCUAUCUACAUUAAUAUGUAUCAUAGCCUACCAUUGGAAUUACCUGAACAGUUAAAUUAACUUUAAAACUCAGCUCAUUCAAUAACAUGCAUUUAUGGAGCAAGAACAUAAUAUAAGUGUUUAAAAUCCAUGUACACUUGCUGUUAAUACUGUUAAAUCGAAUGUAAGAAACAAAAUGCGAUCCAGUGAUACAAACUAUUUGACUUUCUUUGUUAAAUUUCACCAUUUCAUUUUGAAAGUAGGUCUGUCAUUUACAUAAUUCAUUUAAUUCAUAAUUGAAUGUGACGAGACAAUAGCAUUUUUCUUUUUUUCCAGAGUCAGCACCAGCCCAUUCGAACUGGGGGAAGU